AUGGAAUCUGAUUAUCACCCCGACAACUUCAGUUUUCUUGUGGAAUGGAAUAUAGAAACUAAAGUACCGAAAUCAACAGAAGUUUACCCAAACAGGAGCGAACUGAACGAGCUUCCCCUCUACGAGCUGAGAGUAAAAGGAAAAGAAAGCGAAAUAGGCAACAUUACGAGCUCAAGGAAAACAAACAGAAGAAAGCGCCCAAGGGCAAGGGCUUCUCAGAAGUCCCCUAACGAAACAAAGGAAGAAAGAACAAGCAACAACAAAGAAAGGCAUGAAGGUUCCCCUUCGACUUCACAAAAGAACAACAAACAACAAGCAAAUCUACUGAGCUUUCUCCUAUGA